GAGAUGUGGGUCUGACAAAUACGGAGGAGGGGAGGGGUGUGGAGCGCAAAGCAGAAGAGUAUAGAAAGGAGAGGAGGGAGCCAAUAAGACACUCCAGCGGGACAGGGGUUCAAGACAGUCUUACAUGGGGAUACAUCGCGCAAGGAAAAUACAGGAUUAGGGAAGACGAGCGGAUUUAGGUGUUGUUUAGGCUGUCUGGGAGCACCAGAGCACAGUUGACGUGAAUGUGUGUACCCGCCGCGAGCACAGGUCUUUAAUCGGUAAUUACUGUAUUUUAAAAGGGCAUUUCCAGCGGUGCUUUUCCACUUUUCUUAUUGGAGACAGACACUUGUGAGAUAAACUGAUCAAGCGCGGGGAAGGAUUGGAUUGUGACAAAGUUUUCGGACUGCGUACAACUUCAAGAAGAAGGGCAACAUUCAGGAUGCGCACUCUGUUACUACUGGUCCUGUCCUGCCUCCUGUGCGUUGGACGCUCGCAGAAAUUUUCCGCCCUUACGUUUUUGCGGGUGGAACAGGACAAGGAGUGCAACAUGGAUUGUUCUGGAGCCCCUCGGAAGCCCCUGUGCGCCUCAGAUGGACGGACGUUCACGUCUCGCUGCGAGUUCCUUCGUGCGAAGUGUCGUGACGCCCAGCUGGAGGUCAUCCGAGGGCCGUGCAAAGAGGCAUCGAGAUGUGUGGCUGAGAAGAAAUACACAGAACAGCAGGCCAAGAAGCUCUUCCCACAAGUCUUUGUGCCUGUAUGCAAUCCAGAUGGCACAUACAGUGAGGUGCAGUGUCAUAGCUACACAGGAUACUGCUGGUGUGUCACUCCUAAUGGCCGCCCUAUCAGUGGCUCGGCUGUAGCCAAUAAGAAGCCCAGAUGCCAAGGGUCAAAACCUGAGAGGGCCAACCCUCGAGAACCAGCAAAAGGAGUUUCCUUGCAAAUCUUUUCCAUUCUAAAUGCAGAUGAGUCGGAAGGCCUCGUGGUGGAAUCUCAGCCCUCGAUGGACGAGGAAGAUAUCAUUUCCCAGUACCCAACCCUUUGGACAGAACAGGUCCGCAGUCGGCAGAACAGGACCCGGACCCAAGCCUCCUCCUGUGACCAGGAGCAGCAGUCUGCACAAGAGGAGGCACGGCAGCAUAAGAACGAGGCCGUCUUCAUCCCUGACUGUGCCCACGGUGGCCUCUACAAGCCGGUCCAGUGCCACCCCUCCACUGGCUACUGCUGGUGUGUGCUGGUUGACACGGGCCGACCCAUCCCAGGCACCUCCACACGGAAGUACGAACAGCCAAAAUGCGACGGCAAUGCCAGAGCUCAUCCAAGUAAACCCAAGGACCAUUAUAGGAGCAGACAUCUCCAGGGAUGUCCAGGUGCAAAGAAGACGGAAUUUCUCACAAGUGUUCUGGACGCUUUAUCCACAGACAUGGUGCAUGCGGUCACAGACCCAGCCACAGCAGGCAGGAUGCUGGAGCCAGACCCCAGUCACACACUGGAGGAGAGGGUGGUGCAUUGGUACUUCAGCCAGCUGGAUAAGAACGCCAGUGGCGACAUCGGCAAGAAGGAGAUCAAGCCCUUCAAGAGGCUGCUACGCAAGAAGUCCAAGCCCAAGAAGUGUGUGAAGAAGUUCGUGGAGUACUGUGACAUCAGCAACGACAAGGCACUCUCGCUGCAAGAGCUCAUGGGCUGUCUGGGUGUCACAAAGGAGGACGGAGCUAAAGCUGGUGAUGGGACAACUUCUAGUAAACUGAACACCUCUAAGAAGCAAGGCUGAAGCAGCAACAGAGAUUCUCCCUGCCCUAAAAUUCUGCCCCCACCAAAUGGCAAAGGAAACCAUAGUAUUUGCACUUUGUACUUUAAAAAAAUGUAAAUUCACUUUGUAGAGAUGAGGUAUUUAAACCAACUGCUGAAUCUGUGAAUGACAUAGUUAGCUUUUUUUAUGUCUUUAAAAAAAAAAUAAUAAUAAUUUAACACAUACAAUGUAUGUGUCUUCUGUGUGUCUUAAAAUGUAUGCUUUUCUGAGUUGUACGAGUUGUAUCACAUGUCGCAUCUGAUGCCACGCCUGUGGCUCUUUGCUCCCUGUUGUUGUGUUAAUACUGUAUGUUUAUGCAAAUGUACAUGUAGCUUGUCUGAUGGCCCAGACAGAGCCUGGGCUACCAUUGCUUCUCAUUUGUACUGACCUAGCCUUCCCCCUCCCGUCCAAACCCUCUAUCGCUGUUUAUACUGUACGUGUGUAUUAAACCUGGAUGGUCACAGAA